GGCCCAUUCGACCGCGCGGGAAAAUAAUUAUCGUGAUCAUUGUUGGCCUGCCACCUUAUCAAGUUCCCGGAGCCAUAUUUCUUACAAGGGCUAAUAAAGCAUCACACCGCACAUUAGUCCAGAUUCAACGCUCAACUGGCCUGAGUACCCUUUCCACUCAUACUGGGCAUCGGGUAACAGAUCGGCAAGGUUAAAAGACUCAUCGCAGCCUUGCACUGUCACCACCCCAGUCUUACAUGAGUCACAUGUCCUUUUCUUAAACCGAUAUCAGUCAAACAGACACUAAACACCUUGACGAUAAUUCACGAUUCCUGACAAACAAGAUGGCCGAACCUAUCUACAUUGACGAGGAUACGGGCAAGGAUGGCGACUCAGCCGUUGGCACUGAGGGCCAACCUUACAAAACCCUUCUUUAUGCCAUGAUUCAACAUCCUCCUGAGACCGCAUCAUAUCUGACUCGAAAAUCAGAAACCGGCCCAGUCGAUGCCAAUGGUGAUCCAGCUUCUCGACUAGAAUGGAAACCCGCCAGCAAAUCCGCCUUGAAGAAAGCCACCAACCUCUUUGAACAACACAAACGUAAGCAGGCCAAGGCUUCGGAGUUGGCCAUCCGAGAGAAUGCAGAAGCUAUGAAACGACAGCAAGUGCUAGAAGAAGCCAAGAAAGUUGUCAUCGAGGAAGAUGCCAACCUACCAGCCCCGAUCAAGAUCCGCCUUGAUGAGACUGAUCCUGAAAAGAUCAAGCUUGGUACUGCUGAGAACCCGGGCACUCGCGCUCGAGUCCUAGGCAGAGUCCACCACCUUCGAUCCCAGAAAGACGUUAUCUUUGUCACGCUCAAGGAUGGUUACGGCCACAUGCAAUGCGUCUUCACCGGCAAGCUGAUCAAAACAUACGCUGCCAUGACCUUGACACUUGAGACCUCCUUGGCCAUCCACGGCGAACUGAGAUCUCUGCCACCCAAAGCCCAUGCACCUCUCGACCGCGAAAUGCACGCCGACUUCUUCUCUGUUAUCGGCACUGCUGUCGGUGACAAAGAUGCCAUCACGAACAAGGUCCAGGAAGGCGGUGACCCUCAAACUCUCCUUGACAACCGACAUCUCGUCCUCCGAGGCGACAUGGCAUCCUCCGUCAUGAAGGUCCGCGCCGCCGUGACCCGAGCAUUCCGUCAGACCUACGUGGAAACUCGACUGACAGAAGUGACACCUCCAGCCAUGGUCCAGACCCAAGUCGAAGGCGGCGCCACGUUAUUCGAGUUCAACUACUACGGUGAAAAGGCCUACCUGACACAAUCUUCGCAGCUGUACCUGGAAACAUGUCUCGCAUCGAUGGGCGACGUCUUCUGCAUCUGCCCGUCCUUCCGUGCCGAGAAGUCCCUCACCCGCCGCCACUUGUCCGAGUACACGCACAUCGAGGCCGAAUUGGACUUCAUUGUGUUUGACGAUCUUCUCGACCAUCUCGAGAACGUCAUCUGUCGGGUCAUCGACAUCACGCUUGCCGACCCCGUCACCGCCUCGUAUGUCAAGGAACUCAACCCCAACUUCACUCCUCCUUCGCGCCCCUUCCGUCGCAUGAAGUACGCCGAUGCGAUCGAGUGGCUCAAGGAGCACGACAUCCCCAACGAAGAGGGUCAGCCACACGCCUUUGGCGACGACAUUGCCGAGGCCGCCGAGCGCAAAAUGACUGACAUACUCAACGUGCCAAUCUUUCUGACGCAUUUCCCCGUCGAGAUCAAGGCUUUCUACAUGAAGAAGGACGAUUUGGACAAGCGCGUUACCGAGAGUGUGGAUGUCCUGAUGCCUGGUGUUGGUGAAAUUGUCGGAGGAAGUAUGCGUAUGGACGAUUAUGAGGAACUCAUGGCUGCGUAUAAGCGUGAAGGUAUCGACCCCGGCCCGUAUUACUGGUACACUGAUCAGAGACGAUACGGCACCUCCCCUCACGGCGGAUACGGCUUGGGAUUGGAACGCUUCCUGGCUUGGAUGUGCGGCAGAUUCACUGUCAGGGAAUGUGCUCUGUACCCUCGCUUCGCGUACAGAUGCACACCUUGAUUGGCAUUACGAACGAUGUCAUUCUCGUAAGGCAAUUGAUACGACGUGAGAAAUGCGAUGACUGUGGCAAGAGUCACCAAGAGGUGAGGAUGUGAACCCUGAUGAGGACUACGCCGGGGCUACAGUGAGCGACGAGACAAUCGACGGCAUCCAUAGACGAGGAGUUGAAGAAAUCCAAUAAUGUCAGAUAGAGAACACCUGACA